AUGAGCGGUACAUGGCAAGAGUAUGUUGACGUUGAAUUGAUAGGGAGCGGCUAUUGCAAAUCAGCAGUGAUAAUUGGAAUGGACGGAAAUGAAAAUGCUGUUUCGCUUCAUUGCCAUCUCGAAAAGUCCGAGAUUGCGAAUCUCAUCUCACUUUUUGGUGACGUCAAAAAGAGAAACGUUGGCGGAAAGAUCAAACUUAAAGGGGCGGAAUGUACACUGCAAUUUGCAAACGAGCGGACGCUUCACGCAGUCACUCUUAAAGAAGACGAAGGCUUUGUUGUUGUGAAAACAAAACAAGUUAUCAUAGUCGCAAGUUAUGCCGACUAUAUGACCCAAGACCAGUGUUCGUUAGUCGUUGAAAAGCUUGCCGACUAUUUAAUUCUCAAAGGUUUUUAA